AUGGCCUCCAACGGUAAUUUCACCCAUCAGAAUCUGUACAAGGAACAUACCGACCAACAUCAAACAGCUCCCCCUGCUGCCGCCGCUCCUGCUGCUGCCGCUGCCACUACCGAUGCCUCUGUCUCCGCCCCCGCUAGCAACAGCAACCUGUCCAAGGAUGAGGUCGGAUGGUACUUUGUCGAGCAAUAUUACACCACCCUGAGCAAGUCGCCUGAGAAACUCCACCUCUUCUACGGCAAGCGCUCGCAAUUCGUCUACGGUCUUGAAGCUGAAGUUGCCAACGUCUCCGUCGGUCGACAGGCCAUCCAAGAACGCAUCAAGGCCCUCGACUUCCAAGACUGCAAGGUUCGAGUAUCCAACGUUGACUCCCAGGCUUCCUUCGAAAACAUUGUCAUUCAGGUUAUUGGUGAGACUUCCAACAAGGCCGGUGAGCCCAAGAAGUUCGUCCAGACCUUUGUUCUCGCUCAGCAGCCCUCUGGUUACUUUGUCCUCAACGAUAUCCUGCGAUACAUUGACGACGAGACUGACGACGAAUCUGCCGCUGCCCCCGAAGAGCCUGUUGAGGAGCCCGAGGUUGCUGAGGAGGAGCCUGUUGCCGCUCCUGUCGAGCCUGAAGCCCCCAAGUCUGUCGAGGAGACCAAGGAGGACACUGUUCAGCUCGACCCCGAGGUUGUGGACCAGAAGCUGGAGGAGGUUUCCACAUCUAAGGACAGCGCCGCUCUGAACGGAAGCGCCGCUGAGUCUACGGUCGAGGAAACCAAGGCCCCUGAGGCCAAGCCCGAGAUCCCCGCUGCCGACGCUGAUGCUGCCGCCGAGGAGAUUGCUGAGGAAGAUGUCAAGGAGCCAGAGAAGCCUAAGGACCCCAGCCCUACGCCUGUUUCCAAGCCUGUCGCUGCUCCUCCCGCCCCUGUUCAGCCUGCCGCGCCCCCCAAGCCUAUGACCUGGGCUAGCCGUGCCGCCGCUGCUCUCCCCAGGCCCGUUGUUCCUCUCCCCAAGACUCCUACUCCUCCCGUUCCUGCCCAGAGCCGAGCUCCUGCUCCUGCUGCCGCCGCUCCUACUUCUCAGCCUGCUGCCGCUCCCGCUGCCCCCGCUGCUGCUGCUGCUCCUGCCGCUGAGCCUGCCGCCAAGGAUGCUGCUGGCUGGCAGACCGCUGGUGCCGACUCGAAGCGACAGAACCGUCCUCAGUCCAUCUCUGGACCUCCCGCCGAGAAGGAGGGCACUCUGGGUUAUGUCAAGUAUGUGACCGACAAGGUUCAAGAUGCCGAGCUUAGGGGCACUCUGGCCGCCUUUGGCGAGCUGACCUACUUUGACAUUAACCGCCAGAAGAACUGUGCCUUUGUCGAGUACAAGACUGCUGAGGGCUACCAGGCUGCGGUCGCUGCCAACCCUCACACUGUCAACGGGGAGAACAUUGUUGUUGAGCCUCGUCGUCCCAAGGCCAACGCCUAUGGUGGUAGCAGCUAUGGCGGCCGAGGUGGUAUUUCUGGACGUGGUCGCGGUGGUGUCGACGGUGGCCGCUCUGGCGGUCAGGGCUCUCGAGGUAACUUCUCUGGCCAGAACCGAGGUCGCGGUGCCCCUCGAGGCCGUGGCGGUUCUCAGGCCCAGAAUGCCUAA